AUGAUGGAAUCGGUAUCUCAUGACAAUUUACAUCUGCCUAUGGACUUGUCAGAAGAAUCCAGCAUAGGAGAGCAGCAGGAAGUGGAGCCACUGAAAGUAUACUUGAGGGUGCGACCCUUUUCAAAAGUUGAGCUUGAAAACAGUGAAAACCAGGACUGUUUAAUUAUUGAAAAUCAAGAAACCGUAACUCUUCAAUCGCCUAAAGAAUCCACCACAAUGAAGAGCAGUGAAAAGAGGAGUGGGCCAUCUGUACAUCAGUUCACCUUCACUCAGGUUUUUGGCCCAGACACUACUCAAAGUGAAUUUUUUGAAGGCACAAUGAAAGAGAUGGUAAAAGCUUACAUUGAUGGAGUGAAUGGACUUGUGUUUACCUAUGGUGUUACUAAUGCAGGCAAAAGUUUCACUGUUCAAGGUUGUCCAAAGGAUGGUGGUAUCCUUCCUCGUUGUCUUGAUAUGAUCUUCAACCACAUAAAAGGAAGACAAUAUACAAAGAUGAACUUAAAACCAUGCUUCAGUAAUCUUAUCAAGAGGCUAAAUGAUGUGCAGGUUAAGCAAGAAGAAUCCAUAAAAGUUGCCCUUCUUGCUUCUUUGAAAGAGGAGACAGAUAAUUCUUGGAAGAAUACUAUAACUUCGGAUACAUCAGACCCAACUUCUUGUAGCUGCAACUCACCAGAUCUUGCUUUGGACCAAUUAGAUGAAAAAUCUGAGCUUGUAGAUUCUGUGGCUUUUACCAAGUGUCAGACAACCUUAUCAUCUGUAUGGGUUUCCUUCUUUGAAAUUUACAAUGAAUAUGUUUAUGACCUACUGGACUUACUACCAGCAUUGAAAAAUCAGAAGCGGAAAAUCCUAAGGAUCUGUGAGGAUCAAGCAGGAAACUCUUAUAUUAAAGACUUAAAAUGGAUCAAUGUAAUGAGCUUACAAGAGGCUUGUAAAAUACUUAAAAUAGGAAAUAAGAACAGAAGCUUGGCAUGUACUAGGAUAAAUCAGCAAUCAAGUAGAAGCCACAGUAUAUUUUCUAUCCGAUUGCUCAGAUUGAGUGAUGAGGAUGUGCCACAUAUUCUUGGAGUAUCUGAACUCUCUCUGUGUGAUCUGGCUGGGUCAGAACGAUGCCAUAAGGCACAGACCUUUGGAGACAGACUUAAAGAAGCAGGCAAUAUUAAUAAUUCUCUUCUUAUUCUUGGAAAAUGCAUUGCAGCUCUGAAACAGAAUCAAAAUCCAAAAUUAAGGCCAACAUAUAUUCCCUUCAGAGAGAGCAAACUGACCCGCUUAUUUCAACCAUUCUUCUGCGGUAAAGGCAAAGCUUGCAUGAUUGUCAACGUUAACCAAUGUGCCUCUACAUAUGAAGAGACGCUGCAUGUCAUGAAAUUUUCUGCUGUAGCAAAGCAAGUUAUUCAAACAUUUCAUCACAAAAUCUUUGAUUAUUUCCCCCCCAAAUAUAUUGGGAAAGAAGAUAAGCCUACAGUGCACUUUGAUGACAUUUCUGCUGAGCAAGUUCCAGAGGAUACCAAUAUUUCCUGCUGCUCUGAAGAAGAAAUAGAUAUUACCAUUAUGAGUCAUGAGGAUCUCUUGAAAACUACUGAGAACCUAAAGGACAAGCUGAUUGCAGAGAGACAAGGCAAGCUACUCUUGGAGGUGCAAAUACGCAAAGAGAUGGCUGAAGCAAUGUUUCAGCAACUGAUGGAAACGGAAGAAGCGUGGAGUAAACGCUUGGAAGAUCUGAAAGAAAGUUAUGAAGAAAAACUGGAGAGUAAAUUUGAAAUGUACAAGGAAGCCAUAAAGAAACAUGCAUAUACGUGUGCAAUGGAGCAAAUUGAAGAGCACUAUGUUCCAAUAGAAGAGUUCGUAGCUGAACAAGCAAAGGUUGAGGACAGGGAGAUGAAAAUAUUACAGUUGAAACUAAAAUUUGGAGAACAAAACGCUUUGUCUUCAGAAAGCACUAAUUCAGACUCUACAAAAGAGAAAAUUAAUCCAGAUAUUAAAUACGAGAUGAUGCAGACAGUGUCAGAACCUUUGCAGAGACAGUGUGAAGAAAAAGAUGAGUUAAUAAAAUCAUUGAAGCAGAAAAUGCAGAACUUAAAUGAAAUGUUGCAAGAUGCCAAUGAAGUUCGCAGAAAAGCAGUUGAGGAGAAUAAUAGACUGAAGCAGGUGGUAAUGCUUAAGGAGCAAGAAGUCAGAAGUCUUCAAAACUGGGUGAAACGUGGCCAUGAGCUUGAAGCCACACUUUCUCUUCUUCAAGAAGAACUAACUGAAAGCAAAAGGCUCCUAAACAUAGAGGAUCUUAAGCAUCGGAAAUCUAAGAAGUUUUUUUUUACAAAUCUAAAAUAUACAGUAGCAGAUGUUCCUAAAACACCCUGCAGCAAAGGUACCGAAAAACCUAUAUGAAGCCUACUGCUUCAUGUGUACUGACAUCAGUACCAUGUAAAAUGAAAGAAUAAUCUGGAUCUCUUUAGGUAUGUUAAUGCAGCUACAGAAUUAGCUAAGGUACCAAAUUUGUGAUUUAUUGCAGUUAAAAAUCAUAGGGCAUAAGCAAUGAAGACAGCCUAAGUGUCUAACUUGAAGGGAAAUAAUUGGUUGGGUUUUGUGUAGCAACAUAGCAUCGGCAUAGGUUCCUUCAUCAUAGGGGAGGAACUUUUAGGUUCCAAUGGCCUUGUCUCCUCUGUAGUGCUAGUUUUUAGAACUUCUGACUGUUUUUAAGAAU